UUCCUUGUGUUUUGUUAUGAAGUGACAUCACUCGGGCACACGCUAACCCGAGCCGAGCCGAGCAGUGGAGCCGCUCAGUGCUUCAGGGCUCGGCUGGGAGACGCCGUGCGAGGCUUCAGUAACAAUGGCGUCCAUCGGAGACUUCGAUCCUCUCCACGCCAACAUACCGGCCACUAAAGUGGAGAUCACCAUCUCCUGCAGGAAUCUUUUGGAUCGAGACACAUUUUCUAAGUCAGACCCACUUUGUGUUUUGUACCUACAAGGUGUUGGGAACAAAGAAUGGAGAGAGUAUGGAAGAACAGAAGCUAUUGAUAAUACUUUGAAUCCAGACUUUGUGAGAAAAUUCCUUCUAGAUUACUUCUUUGAAGAGCGCCAGAAUCUUCGAUUUGAUUUGUAUGACGUUGAUUCAAAGAGUUCAAACUUAUCUGAACAUGACUUUCUGGGUCAAGCAUUCUGCACGCUGGGAGAGAUUGUGGGUUCACAGGGAAGCAGGCUGGAAAAACCUCUUGUAGGAAUUCCUGGAAAGAAAUGCGGAGCAAUUAUUCUAACAGCAGAAGAAUUGAACAAUUGCCAUGAGGUUGUGCUGAUGCAGUUUUGUGCCAACAAAUUAGAUAAAAAAGAUUUCUUUGGAAAGUCAGACCCAUUCCUUGUAUUUUUUAGAAGCAAUGAGGAUGGAACAUUUACCAUUUGUCACAAGACAGAAGUUGUAAAGAACACAUUGAACCCAGUGUGGCAAGCCUUCACAAUCCCCGUGCGUGCUCUCUGCAAUGGUGACUUUGACAGAACUAUCAAAGUGGAAGUAUACGACUGGGACAGAGAUGGAAGCCAUGACUUUAUUGGGGAAUUCACCACAAAUUACAGAGAGCUUUCCAGGGGACAGUCACAGUUCAAUGUGUAUGAGGUGCUAAAUCCAAAGAAGAAAGCAAAAAAGAAAAAAUACAUAAAUUCUGGAACAGUUACGUUGCUUUCCUUUGUAGUUGAAACUGAGAGCACUUUCCUUGAUUACAUCAGAGGAGGGACACAAAUCAAUUUCACAGUGGCCAUUGAUUUUACUGCAUCCAAUGGCCAUCCUGCUCAACCAACCUCUCUACAUUACAUGAAUCCUUCACUUAACACUUACGCCAUGGCUUUGAAAGCAGUAGGAGAAAUUAUUCAGGACUAUGACAGUGACAAGAUGUUCCCAGCAUUAGGAUUUGGUGCCAAGUUGCCUCCAGAUGGAAGAAUUUCACAUGAAUUUGCUUUGAACGGAAACCCUCAUAACCCUUAUUGCCAAGGGAUUGAAGGGGUGAUGGAAGCUUACUAUCAGAGCCUAAAGUCAGUGCAGCUAUAUGGACCAACCAACUUUGCUCCUGUAAUUAAUCAUGUAGCAAGGUAUGCUGCCUCUGUUAAGGAUGGUUCACAAUAUUUUGUCCUCCUCAUUAUAACUGAUGGAGUCAUCUCAGAUAUGGCACAGACAAAAGAAUCCAUUGUUAAUGCCGCUUGUUUUCCGAUGUCGAUAAUUAUUGUCGGAGUUGGGCCUGCAGAAUUUGAUGCAAUGGAGGAAUUGGAUGGUGACGAGGUUAGGAUAUCAUCAAGAGGAAGAUAUGCUGAGAGAGAUAUUGUUCAGUUUGUGCCUUUUCGGGACUACGUUGACAGAACUGGAAACCACGUUCUGAGUAUGGCUCGACUUGCAAAGGAUGUUUUAGCUGAGAUUCCAGAACAGUUUCUUUCUUAUAUGAAAUCAAGAGGAAUUAAACCUUCCCCUGCUCCACCCCCAUACACUCCCCCAGGUUACCCUUUGCAGACACAGCUUUAACAGAGUCAUCCCAUCAUUCCCAAUUAUUAUUGCUGACCUGAACUGAUUGCACUGAAUGUGUCAGCUGUAUUUUUAUCAGGUUGCACUACAAAGACUUAUGGAUGUUGUCAGCAUUCUACUUAGAAAGCAUCAAAGAAUUUCUACUGGGUUUCAGAUUGCAUGGUGCCAAGAACAUGAGGCAAUUCAUAGAGAGAGGCUGCAUGAAAAGAACUGAAGUUUUCGGGAUGGGAGUUGGGGGUGGAGGUAGAUCCUUAUCCUCUUAUCUGAAUUACUCCCUUUGGAAUAGAAACCUUUUUUUAAAAAAAGUAAUGAUAAUAGGGAAUGAUAAAAGUUUGCAGCUUAAAUGGAAUUGAAGUCCUUAACUGUUGUAAAUAAUUGAGAAUGUGCAGUUCUUUUUCUUUUAAUGUUUACAUGUAGAUUCUUUUUAUAAUUAAAUCCUUUUUAUAAGCUCAUACUUCCUAUAAACAGUUUUAAAUAUUGAAAUUGUUGCGAUCUGUUAGUUUGAUACACCUCCAUCUGUUGCUGACAGACUCAGAUAAAGAUGCCUGCUCCAGUACAUCAAGCGAUUUUCAAACAAUGGGGCACAUAAUCUGGCCAGCAGAGGCUUGCUGACAGGUUUAACUCUUCAACGAGCACUGCCUUCUGCCAAAAACAAACUAGCACUUCCAUUUGUAAAGCCUAAUUAGUGGGUGAUCCUUUCCAGUCACUCACCAUCACACUCUUUUAACAGUGCAAUUACUUCAAAAGUAGGCAUAAGUAAAAACAAAAAGCAAACUGAAAAUAAGAAUAGAUAAACUAAAAUUGGAGAUGGAAGAACUGCAGAGACGUGGCUGGAAAAUAGCAACAAUAUUGACAAUGUAAGCUUUGCAGUUUGACCUGUAGCCUCUUGUUUGAUUAGAUGAGGUAUGAGGUAGUUUUGAGAAAUGCUGCUCUGCAUUAUUGCCAACUGUGUGCAUACCUGUACCUUUUAGGUGAAUGUGCCAGAAAAGUCACUGCACAACAUGUGGUCUUGUGCUUCUGUUUAUUAAAAUGUCAAUUAAUUUGUAA